UUACAUUUUUUUGGUCAAAUUGGCCAAGUACCUGUGAGGUUAUUCCAACAUGCAACAUCAUUGAGACAGUUGAUUUUUGGGAGCCACACCAAUGUAAAGCAUCCUGCAGGGUGCACAAGGUGUCAUGGAUGCAGUGAAGGAAGGUCAUAAGACCAGCUUGAGCUCUGGGAAAAUAGUGGCUCUGGCUGCAGGGCUUUCCGUCGGGGCCACUCUGGGCUACAUCAUCUAUCGCCACAUAAACGGCACCAAGAGCAAUCAGGGUCCCAACACUGAGGUGUCCAAGAUGACGCUUCCUAUAGAGGUGUACAGGAACAUGUACCGAUGCCAAGCCACAUUUUUAGACAUGGUGACUGAGAAGUCUGGAGCUCAAGUGAGGGUCAUGUCAGAUUCAGGAGAUCAUGAAUGUAAGACGACCGUAUGUUUCCUGCUUCAGGGCUCUAAGGAGCAGGUCUUACUAGCCCGCUGUGUCCUGGAGAACCUGCUCACAGAAUGUGAACUUGUCUCAGAGAUUUUGGAGGUUCCACAGUCCUCUUUUGGACGCAUAAUAGGCCGUGGUGGAGAGAGUUUGAAACAGAUCACCCGAACUACAGGAGCCAAAGUGGCGUGUUCCAAAGAGCCAGCACACGGUGUACGGGCAAAGGGCAUGGUGACGAUUACAGGGACCAGGCAGGAGGUGAAAAAGGCACAGGAUAUGAUUCUAGAAAAAGUCACCGAGGACAUGAUGGUGAGGACAACAAUCUCACAGUCAUCAGCCCGGCGCCAGAAACGUGGCCAUAAUGUCGUGAGUCAGAAGUCAAACGACACAGAGACUGAACCUCUAUUGUUCUUGAACAACAACAGUCCCUUCUCCCACAUAGAGGAGAAUGCGCUUGUCUUUGCCAACGGGACCACAGGAGAACCAGAAACAUUUUUUGACCAGGUGGGAGAGUCAAAAAUCAAAACAGCCAGCAAGAAGGAGGGCAGUACAACUACUAAGACCUUCUCUGAAGUGUCCAAGUUUGAAAUUGCAAGCCCAGACUUGAGCUUCCAGCCUGACGAACACCUUGAGGUGUAUGUUUCUGCAUCAGAGAACCCAAACCACUUCUGGAUUCAGAUCCUGGGGGUUCGAUCCAUUCAGCUGGACAAACUAACAGAGGAGAUGAACCACUUCUACAACAAUGGAAACUCUACAGAUCAGCGAGUAGAAACCAUUGUUGUAGGGGACAUUGUGGCUGCUCCAUACAGAGACCAUGGCACAUGGAACAGGGCAAGGGUGCUGGGAGUCCUAGGCUCUGGACUGGUGGACCUUUAUUACGUUGACUUUGGGGACAAUGGGGAACUCCCAAGGAGCAGCCUCCGCAGGAUGAGGAGCGACUUCCUCAGUUUACCAUUUCAAGCUAUUGAGUGCAGCUUAGCAGGAGUGAAGCCAAAAGGAGGGGUUUGGACUGAGGAAGCCCUGGAUCAGUUUGAGAGGCUGACAUAUUGUGCCUUUUGGAGACCCCUGCAGGCCAAACUGUGCAGCUACUCUCACUCGGAAAUCUCCUCAUGGCCCAGUGUCAAGCUCUAUGACAACAGUGAGGGCAAGGCUGUGGAUGUUGGAGAGGAGCUUAUACGAUUAGGCUAUGCCGUUAUCUUCCAUGAAGAUUUGAAUGGAAAAAAAGAGGGCUGCAAUCUUGGCUGUCUGCAGAUGAUGCUGGACGUCUGUAAGCCAGCGGGAAAAAAUCCUGGAAAAAUCAACACUGAACAGAGAGAUAGAUCAAAACUGCUGGAUGAUUGUGGAAUUCUCAUUUUUGGGAAUCCAGACUCCCUCAGUUAACCUCCACUGACUGACAACAACCCUGACUUGCAGCCAUGAUUUGCAGGUGAGUCAUGGCUGCAAGACUGAUACCAUUUAGUCUUCUAGCUGGCUGGGCCCAUUCCACCUGUACCAUUUGGACUAUUACUACUGGGUAAUUCCGGACUAGGCUCCUCAUGCAUCUCAUCAGGAUCAAAUCCAGAUCCUUAGUGCUGCACUGUAGGUUCCUGCAACAGGGACUUCAUCUUGGUCUGAUGUACUUUUAUACUGCACUGUGCCAGUGGUACUGUUGCACAAAUUGGAUUGAAUGUUGAAAAUGAGGGUUAACUUCAAAUUCUUUGACUCAAAUCAGCAACUAAAUGCCAGAAUUAUGCCAGAAGCUUAUUGAUGGCUAUUAAACGAGGUACAACUUGCUAAGAGACGGUUAACCAAAUAUUAGUGAGAGUGUAUGUUUAUAUUUGACACUAUAUGUAUAAUUCUUACCUUUUGCAGAUUAGAGAAUAUCCAAAAUGAUUUCCAAAUGAUGGACCCAAUUUUUGUUUUUUAAUGUCAUAAAAUAUAUAUGCUGUAUGAUUAUUCCACCCUUGUAAAAAGAACAGCUAAAAGAAAUCAUCAGUCAAGUCCAGAAUUACAAUGGCAUUCAUGCACAUGAUGAGUUUAUAUGAACUUCUGUAUGUGAAGGAAGACAUUAAUAAAAGAAUAAUAAAGAAUCUUGCUUCUUAUUAUUGGUAUGCAAUUCUAGCAUCCUAGUUUUCUUGGGUGUGCUUGUCAGGUAUAUUAAUCUCUGUCCAACUGUAUCCGACAAGGUACUCUGUCAUUUUUUAUUAUUAUUAUUUUAAUUUAUCUUUAUGCCUGAGAGAUUAGGUAAUCCCCUUACUUCUGUUCUGAAAGUUUGGAGGACUGUUUAACAGCGGCUAAUCACUUUUAUUCUU